GGGACGCGCAGUUGAAUCGGAGCGCUCGUAGUACAUACGACGUCACUCGUCGCGAUGACGUUCGGACGUUUCGCGCGAGCCGGUGAGGUGACGUGCUGAGAGAGCGGGUGUUUCGGUGAGAGGAGCGAACGUUUGAAAACGGGCUGUGACAGAAAAUCACGUUCAGUAGCGGGACGCGCUCCGUGCUGGGUGGGUGGGUUGUUUUCAUGAUUGUUUGCGCUCGAGUGCACGCGGAAAGCGACGAGAACGAACGAUCGAGUGAAUGAACGACGACGCGUCGCGACGAAACGCGAUGCGCUUGUUCCUCUGCACCGACGAGAAGAGCGACGAAUCGAAUGAUUGAUCGAGCGCACGGUAGCAGCCGCGGCUUUCAACAUGUCCAUGAAGAAAGAGUCGCCUUGGGACGUGGAGUUGCACCUGGCGGCGGCACGUGGGGAUGCCAAACGUCUCCGUGUUUUGCUGGACUCUGGACGCGUCCACGUCGAUUGUAAGGACAAGGAUGGCACGACACCCUUGAUACUAGCUGCCGCCGCUGGCCACAUUGACGCCGUGACCGAGUUACUACAUCAAGGAGCGGACCCUAAUGCCAAAAGGCUGACCGGGACAACAGCUCUGUUCUUCGCCGCUCAGGGUGGCUACAUGGACAUUGCGAAUCUGCUUUUGGAGCACGGCGCGAUCGUUGAUUCGUGCAGCAUAGACGGCGGCACGCCGCUCUUCGUCGCAUGCCAGUAUGGUCAUCUAGACGUCGUGGAAGGUUUAAUAGAGAGAGGCGCCAGUCCGAACGCACACAUGAAAGAUGGCGCUACGGCGUUAUUCAUCGCCGCCCAGAAUGGUCACCUCCGUAUCUUGGAAGUCCUGCUGGAACACGGGGCGAAGACCGACGCAGCGAGAACGGACGGCGCCACGCCUUUAUGGAUUGCGGCACAAAUGGGGCACGAUCACGUCGUGAGGAGGCUGUUGAAAGCUGGAGCGAAGGUCGACGCCACUAGACACGACGGUGCGACCCCGCUCUUCAAAGCCGCCCACAAAGGUCACACUGCUGUGAUCGGCGAACUGCUCAAGUAUCGUCCUUCGCUCGGCGUACUUCCGAAUGGCGAAAGUGCACUACAUGCUGCUGCCUUGACGGGACAUAUGACGGUGGCAAGACAGCUUGUGGGAGCGGGAGCUGAUCCUUUGCUCAUAAAUCAAGAGGGCAUUACGCCGUUACAGCUGGCUAUCAGGCACUCGCAGACUCAAGUCGCCAAUUACCUUAAGGACAAAGUGAGAGUGCGAACCGCAUCCUGUUAGCGAUAAAUAUUUUCUCCAUCUUAAUACAAUCAUAUCAGGAAUCUUGAAAUGUUACUCGACAAGUCUGGCUCAGAAAUCAGUAUUUCUAAGCAGGAUACAAUAAAAAUAUUCGUAAAAUGCGACGUAUAUGAAAAGUAAUCCGGUCUUGAUGAUAAUAAGAAUUUUAUUAAUUAUCAUAUAAGAAUAUACUUUGGAAGAAAAGAGACCACAAUAUCCAUGUCUUCGAUUUUUGAUUAGAGAGAAAUCAUAAAAUUUCCAGAUAUUUGAGAAUUAUAUAUGUUAAUAUAUUAUAAUGUUGAUUAAUAUCUUAGUGAUUAAGAAUAAACUUUACAACUUUACAACUUUGAAGUCAGAAAACUCUUAAUUUUUAAAUUUUCUUAAAUUCUAAGCUAUUUUAUGAUCAUUCAAGAAUGGUAUAUUAUUAUGGGAAAGUAACUUAAAGUAUGCUAUUUUUUUGUUGCGUAAUAAAAUUCUAUUCUUCUGUUAAACUUGAUUAGUAAGAUUGAUAUCAAGAUGUGAUUACUCUUUCGUAUGCUACACAAACAUAAUGACAUAAAUGAUAUAAAUUACACUAAUCAUAUGAAAUAUAUGACAAUGAAAGGAAGUUCCAUGAAUAUAUGUAAAAAGAUAAACACGCCAAGAUAAAUGUAUAUUAACGUACAUUAACGUUGGUCACACAGAGAUUACGAGCAAUCCGUCUGCGAGAGCGUGUUAGGUAUGUUCGUUUCAAUUGCAUUUUCGGCACUCGAUUUCUUCGUCCUAGUUCCUGGCAUGGCCUGGAUAUUUCCAUUCGUUAUUCAAGUGCGAAAAGUGAUAAAAAAUGUGUUUGAAACGAACAAACUUAUUGUUAUGUUUUGUACAUAAUCGCGAUACCAUUCCGUUCUGUUGUAAAUCUCGGUAAAGAUAUUUUAAUACACUUUCUACUGUAAAUACGAAUACGGUUGUACAAACGUUUGUGAAUGUUGAAAUGUGGUAGAUCUAUUCCUUUCUGUUGUUUUGCGUAGUAUAUUGUAUUAGUGUUGAAAAACGUAGAUAUUUUGGAUUUCAUCGGUUUCACAGUAACAGAAUACAAUGAUGUUGAUGUGCGUGUUGUUACUGUGCAUGCAGUAACAGUAUGAAAAAUUAAUAUUUAUCAACAGCCUGUCUGUAACUAUCGAGUAAGUAUAUUAUCGAUUGAUUUGUUAAAAAUGACGAGUUCAUAAGACUGAUUGAUUCGCCUUGGAAUACGUAUUUUCUAUCGUUCUUACGGUGUAUAAGGUAUAGAUCUUCUAUCUAUUCUAUUACAAAUAAGGAAUUACAAAUAAGGAAGUCAAUACGUAGUACAUAUAGAAUUGUCGAUUAUUCGUAACACAUUUUAUUCAACGUAAAGGUUUUUCUCGAUGUACUGGACAAUGUUUUGCGAAAAACUGUCAAUCAAUUCGUGACGCAUAGAAUGUCGCAAAUAUAUAUAUACAUAUAUCGUCUGGAUAACAUUGUCGAAAAAUAGUCUUCGAUGGAAGUUAGAAACUACGGUGAUACUUUACUUAAAGCGAUAAUUCGCUUCAAUAUAUUUGAAUACUUGUAAUAAUUUUAGCUUCUUAGCAAGAUAAUAAGUACUCGUCCCGUCUUCCUAACAUAAAGCACUCGUUUAUUAGAUACAACUAAUUGUUAUUGUUAACAAAAACUUGCAAGAGAAAAACAAAUAAAGAACUUUAUGAAGAAGACAGAGAUGUUACUAAAAUAAUAUAUGAAAUUAUACAUUGCAAAUAUAUUCCGUUAUGAAAUAAUUCCGUUAUGAAAUACUAAUGUUUAAUAUAUUAGUAUAUUUUUUCAUGAGGAAUAUGUCAUAUUUGUGAUGUAUAAAAUAUAUAUUAGAAAAAUAUAUUAGAGAUAUUUAAUUUUUACAUGAUUAGAGACAAGUUACAUACGCUUUAUGUAAUAUCACAGAAUAGUUCACACAGUACUCAGUUCACACUAUAAACUGAAAUCGCAUUUCUUUCACCAAGUACUAUGAACACAUAAAGAAUGUGUUAAAAAUGCAUGAUUUUCACUAUAAUCACAACGGGUGAUAUUAUAAUGAUGUCAAAAGUCAAAACUAGUGCAGACAACAAAUUAUAUACUCAGAUUCCCAAUAACAAAAUUAACAAUGAAACUAACAAUGGGAACAAAAUAUUCCUCGUUUUGAUUAAAAAAAAUUUUGAUCUAUUAAAAUAAAACAUGCUAUAUUGUUGUUCGAUUAAAAACGCAUAAUAUAAUAUUAUAUUGCGUUAUUCUUAACUUGCAUAUAUCGAAUAAUUAACAAAAUUGCAGGAACUUAAAUAGCGUGCUAAAUAUGUAAUAUUUAUACACUUUUAUCAUGUGUUCCGUGUGAAUAACUUAUCAAUAGAUAUUACAAAAAUGAAAAUUGGCAGUUUUUCACAACUAAAUUCAA